GUGUGGUCAACUCACAAGUCUCUGCUACUCUCAACUCUCAGCUUUUGCCUGGUCAAGCAGCAACUGCAUCUAGUCCUAGCGAACCCGGUCGAGAAUCUGUCCUUUCCUGUCUAACUGUCGAAUAAAAGAAACAUAACGCGAUGGCACCGUUCACAUUCGCAAGCAUUUCGGAAACAAUCAUGCUGCUAAUGAACACCCCUCUCGUUCCUCUGGACUCUACCAAAGUAACGCGGGACGUACCGCUCACAGAGCUGCCAACUUCAACUCGAGAGACGAGAGAAAGCCGGAGACAGUCGAGUGGUUCCACUUCCACAACAAGUUUACGGGGCUCCAGGUUUUCGUCUGAUUCUAACGACGAGAACUGUAAUUAUUCUCGAGCAUCGCGCACUCCUUCACCGCCCUUGGUGACUUCGAAAGACCUACCCCCUCUACCCUCGGGCGCUCGUCACCAAGCGCGUGUACGCUUUGCUGAUGAAAUCGAUGUGGAGUUAUGA